UUCCCAGCCCGCCCCAGACUGCUCCUGACCUUGCUGUCCUGAAAGCGGCGAGGAGGCGCGGCGACACCGUGCAGCUCUCCCCUUACUCUCCUGGCGACCCCUGCUUCCAUAUCCAGGGUGUGCCCGCGUAGGGUCUCCCGCCCGCAGCCCCACCGCAAAGCUGUCUCAGUGCCCGUGCUCGGGCCCCCGGGUUAAUGGCGUUGGGCGGCAAUGGCAGCUCGCUCCUUGGGCCGCCUCGCAGUCACGGAAUCACAGCGGACCACGAGCAGCACUCGUUGAAUCCACUGCGGGGCUUUGAGGACCAGGGACAGCGCCGCAGAAGGCAAGAGCAGCGCGGCCGGCGGUGGGCUUUCAGGACCGGGGACAGCGCGAAGAGAAGGCAAGACCAGGGACAGCGCGCAGAGAAGCAAUGCCUGAGCCAUCAGAGGGCUUUCAGGACCAGGGGCAGCACCCACACAGAAAGACAAGACCCGUGCCGUCAGUCCUGCUGUAGGGACCGUGGACAGCGCCCUCCAAAGAUCCGCACUGUCAGCUUGGCUUUCAGGACCUGGGGUCAGCGCCCACAGAAGACAAAAGCCGGCACUGUCAGCGAGCACAGGAAGGAGAGUCCAGGCUGUCUCCGGAAAUGGGAACCUGCAGCCAACAGCGACGCGGAGCUUUCUCUCUUCAUCUACGGGCAGGCACCGUGCCUCUUCCCCCAAGACCCGGCGCAGAGGGAAUGCCCUCCUGACUGCCAGAGGCGCCCAGGUGGCCCAUGCGGCUCUUGGAGAUCUGGGUCCUCAUCUCUUUCCCAAAAGGAUCACAGGUCUCCCUGGCGUCGGUCAGCCAAGCCGUGAGCUCCUGCCUUCACCUCCACUUCUGUCCACCGUGUCCUGAGUAACUCUCCUGCACCUGGCCCGUCUGCCACUCUGUCCUGCCUUGGGGCCUCUGGCUAGGCACUGAGCCGUGAGCCAAGGGAAACCACUCCUCCUUUAUGCUGUGGUAUCGGGUGUUUUGUCCCAGCUGUGAGGAGAGAGACGGCUGCGACAGGGCUUUGCUCUGCAGGGCUACUGACUGCAGCGAUUGACUCAGCCUCCAAGAAAAUGCCUCGGACCCACCCAGCCCUCAUGGCUGGUCUUUCUGGCGUGACCACUCCACCCUCAGGCCAGCAGACGUGCCCUAAGAACUGGUGUGGUCAACCACGACAAGGACAGGUCCACCAGGUGUGACACAGAUGGGCUCCAAGAGCCACGGGCAAGGCCAGUCCUUCCCUUUCACCUGUCCCACGAGGUCCUCUCAUUCCCUUGGGGAGUCCUUGCCACUGACCACAUCCAUGGUCGCACCGUGAGACCCGCGUAGAAAGCAGCAGAACCAGGAGCGGACUCAGCGUCCUGCUCUCUUGCUGUGACACAGGCGUCCCUGAAGGCCUGCUGGAGCUGCGGGAGGGGCGGUGGUUGCAGAGGCACUGCCCUGCCCGCCUGCUCCCCUCGAGCUCAGUCUCUGGAUGGAUGAUACAGCCGCGCGGAGCGUCUCUGUUGCCCAGAACAUGGUUGGCAGCUGAGCAUGAGGAAGAACGGUCACUGCACAGGUAAAAAACCUGGCCUGCUCCUCCUUGGCUGCUACCUCUGCUGCUCCAACCUCACCGCACCCAGAGCAGCUGUAGUGCCCUGCCCUAUUCCAGAGGACCUGCCCCAUGUGGCCGCCAUGAGCAGGGGACCCAGCACGACUCAGGCCAGCCUCACAGGCGGCGUGAUCACUGUCACCGUGGCCGCCAUCAGUUUGUGACUGCACAGUCCUAGCACACAGUGUGGCCAGGCACACCGUGACUUUGCAACACAGAGCCCAUCCUCAUUCUUUUUCAUGGAUGGGGAAGCUGGGGCAGAGGGCCAUAAUCCGAAGCACGGUCUUGGUGUGAGGGAGCAGAGGUGCUAAGGUGCAACCUAGCGUGUUCAGCAUUAAAGCUGGUGCUCCAGGCUUCUCUGCGGUCAUCAAGAAAAUGUGACUUAAAUGCGUAAGUGUUCAUGUUUCUUUCAGCAAAGCCCAGAAGGCAGGCAGGGCCGUCACAGUGCUGGGGCUGUAACCAAGGACCCAGGCUCUUAUUAUUCUGUUCAGUACAACUAUAACAAGAGCUUCCAUACUUCUUUGCCUCAUGGUCCAAGCUGGCUGCUGGAGGACAAGCCAUCACCCCUGCUUUACAGGCUCCGCCUCCUGACCGGCAGUCCCGUAGGAACUCAUGUUGGAUCAACUCUCGCCUCGCGGGUUAGAACAGCGCUCCAGGACCCGGUCACCUUCCCACAGCGCCACCCGGGCAUACGAGGCUUUGGAGGCCGACUGUGGCUCUAACUGCUCACAGUGCCUGGGGUGAUAACGGAGAAGGUAUUUAAGCCCAG